AUGAGACUGGUGGGACUGAUGGAAUCGAUGGGACUGAUGAAACCGAUGAAACCGAUGCUACUGGUGGGACUGAUGCGACUGAAGGGACUGACGGCACUGACGGCACUGAUGAAAGCGAUUGCACUGAUGGAACUGAAAGGACUGAUGGGACUGAUGGAACCGAUGGAACUGAUGAGACUGAAGAGACUGACGGGCCUUAUGGAACGGAUGAGACAGAUGGGACUGAUGGAAAGGAUGGGACCUGCGGGACUGAAGAGACUGAAGAGAUUGACAGGACUGAUGGAACCGAUGGGACUGAUGGGACUGACGGCACUGAUGGAGCCGAUGGGACUGAAGGGGCUGAAAGGACUGAAGGGACUGAAGGCACUGACUGGACUGAUGGAAAGAAUGGGACUGAAGGGACUGUUGGAAUCGGUGAGACUCAAGGGACUGAUGGAACCGAUGGGGCUGAAGGGACUAACUGCACUGAUGGAACCAAUGGGGCUGAAGGGACUGACGGCACUGAUGGAACCGAUGGGACUGAUGGGACUGACGGCACUGAUGGAGCCGAUGGGAUUGAAGGGGCUGAAAGGACUGAAGGGACUGAAGGCACUGACUGGACUGAUGGAAAGAAUGGGACUGAAGGGACUGUUGGAAUCGGUGAGACUCAAGGGACUGAUGGAACCGAUGGGGCUGAAGGGACUAACUGCACUGAUGGAACCAAUGGGGCUGAAGGGACUAACUGCACUGAUGGAACCAAUGGGGCUGAAGGGACUAACUGCACUGAUGGAACCAAUAGACGGGACUGACGGGACUGAUGGAACCAAUAGACGGGACUGA